CCUUGUGGGUAGCUGGCCGGGUCCGGGCGACGGUGAUGGCGGGGGACGUGGGCGGGCGCCGCUGCCCGGACUCGGAGCUGCUGCUGCACCCGGAGUUGCUGUCCCGGGAGUUCCUGCUGCUCACGCUGGAGCAGAAGAACAUAGCUGUUGAAAGUGAUGUAAGAAUAAACAAAGACAAUCUUACUGAUCUGUAUGUUCAGCAUGCAAUACCAUUGCCUCAGAGAGAUUUGCCAAAGAAUAGAUGGGGGAAAAUGAUGGAAAAGAAAAGAGAGCGACAUGAGCCAAAAAACGAGACUAAAAGGAGUAGCACUGUAGACGUGUCAAAGAAAAGACCUCUCAUUGUGUUCGAUGGAAGUUCAACAAGCACAAGCAUAAAAGUGAGAAAGACAGAGAAUGGGGAUAAUGAUCGACUCAAGCCUCCCUCUCAGGCAAGCUUUACCAGUAAUGCCUUUCGAAAAGUAUCCAGUUCCUCCUCAAGUGUGUCACCCCUAAUUCUGUCUUCCAAUUUGCCUAUGAACAAUAAAACGGAACACAAUAAUAAUGACACUAAGCAGAACCAUGACUUAGCACAUGGGAAAAGUCCUCUGGGCCCCGCGAAGCUGCCGCCUUUGUCCCCAGUGGGAACUACUCCAGUGAAGCUGAAGCGAGCUGCUCUGAGAGAAGAAGCCGAGGCCGUGGAUAACCUGAAGCCACCAGAAACAAAGAGGAAGAUACAGCACGUUACAUGGCCAUGAAGGAAAGUUUCCAAAAAUACUGGAAGCAGUGGAGUGCAGCACUCUGGUUAUGGAAGAGGAGGCGUGCGGAGGGGAUGACUUCUCUGAAGGCUGCCGCUAGCUGGUGGCAGAGCAGCGGCCCAAACCUGGACCCCCUGCCCUUUUCUUAAACCAGAAAUGGGCUCCUUCCCAGGCCCCUCCACGCCCACCCCUCCCCUGGAGUGCAGUGCAGUGGCCCUGCGUUCACACGACGGCUCACUGGCUAGCGGAGAGGAGAGGGACAUAACAGACAGACGCCGCAGUAGCAGGUGUGUGGCCGGCAGUUCCCCAGGAAGGACGGGCUGGCGUCAGGAGCCGUCCCGUGUGCUGGCCCGCGUGGCCGCGAGUGAGCAUCGUUCCUCUGGGCUCCCAUUCUCACUCUGAUCCGGAGUCUCUCCCAGAUCUCAGUUCUCUGUAUUUCCACCUCAUUUCACCCUGAGCCCCUCGGGCUGCCCUCUGAGGCCAGGCAGCCUCAUGUUGGAAUGAGCACUUAAAUAUACAGCGAGCGUUAUAA